GUUCCCAGAACCCCCUCUUGGAAGUCUUCCAGAGGAGAGGUGGGAAGAAGGCAAACAGCAGUUUCUUCUUGUGACCCAGAUGAACUGUUUUCCCAGCCCUUGCUCUCCAUUUUAUUGAAGGUGAUAAUGAACAGCGAAGUUGCCUGAACACAGUGAGUCCAUGAUUUUAUCAACAGCAGAUGAGAGGAAAUUAAAAUCGGCUGACACUACACUUGCAUCCUUACCAUGCUCUCAUAUCCAUUAAUGCUGUAUACCGUCAAUUCCAGUAUGACAAUAUACCCUCAACUGUUAUAUUUUCCAAUUUUGCUCCUAAUUCUGGAUCAUCUAUUUGAACAUAAUACACUGACCUUAACCUCUCUUCUAGAUAUAAAAACUUAUUUUUCUAACAAAUAAAAAAUUGAGUUAAAUUAGAAUCUCUGGAUUACCUACAUAAGCAGAUGUGUUCUGGAUUGGGAGAGGGGAUUUUGAAUAUGGGCAGACAAGCAUCCCCUUUGUCAGAGACUGGCUAGCACCUUCCAGCAAGAAAAAUGACUUAUCAAAAUCCCAUCAUAAUUUCACUCCUGAGUGGUAAAGCUGUGCAAAGUGAGGGUGGAAUGGAGUAGGAAAAGACAGCAGAGGGUUGGGGGGGGGGGGGGAGGUUAUAGUAGGAUACUUACCACAGUGGUUUUCCAGGAUCUUUCAGACAGCGGAAAAGCCAAUCAUGGACAAUUCUGGCUUCUUUAUAUACUUUCCCAGCUUCAAGAGCAGUCACAGGGACCAGCUUGGGAAGACAGUUUAAUUCUAUUUUAAAGCAAGCACGCACCCCUCCCCCAAUUUUGAACUAGUUAAGGGAAGAGUUCCCUAAGAGUCACAUUCUUCUGCUCCAUUAGUCAUAGGAAGAGCAAAGCCUAUCUCCUUACAACCUUGGGCAGCCAUGAACAGCAUGGUAAAGAUACAAAAGUCUCUGCUCUGUCCAGAAUGGGAUGACAAAAAAUGAAUUAGUAAUAGGAGAAAAUAAGCUUACCUUGAAAGGAUACCCCCAAGUCUUCUUGCCUCCCUUCCUCCCCCCCAAAAAAAAUCUUGGUGGUACAGUCUCAAUAAGUCUAGGUUUAGAGCCAGAAUGUUCCUACCCCUGGAAGGCCCUAGAGCAGGAAUAAUCAAGUGCCUCCUAGUUACAUCAUAAUGAAUGAGCUGUGAUGUCAUUACAACCCUCCCCCCCAUCAAGGUAUUGUAAGUAAAGUCUGAUAUGCUGAAAGAUAAACUCAACAUGAGGAACAGAGAUUCAAGAAGAGCCAUCUCAGAAGGGCACAAGUCAGAAAUCACCAUGCCCCCUAACAAAGAGGCUAACAGCUUUGCCAGCCCCCCUGCUGGGCUCAUCUGCCUUCCUCCUAUCUCAGAGGAGCUGCAGCUCGUAUGGACCCAGGCUGCCCAGACCAGUGAGCUAGAUGGCAACGAGCACUUGUUACGGACUUUCAGUUACUUUCCCUACCCCAGCCUAGCAGACAUUGCUCUGCUCUGCCUUCGCUAUGGACUGCAGAUGGAGAAAGUUAAGACCUGGUUUAUGGCCCAGCGCCUCCGCUGUGGCAUCAGCUGGUCAUCAGAAGAGAUUGAGGAGACUCGGGCCCGGGUUGUCUACAACCGGGACCAACUCCACUUCAAAUCCCUUCUUUCUCUUACUCAUCAUGCAGGGCGACCUCCUGAGGAUGUCUCACCCACCCCAGUGCCACCUUCAGACUCAGACGGCACCCACAUUAGCCCCCUGGCACUUAAUGAGUCUCCUCAGGUGAAACGAUUAAAGAUGGAGCCUGAAGAAUCCUCCUCGCUGUCCUUGAGCCACCACAAGGCCAAGGAACCCUUGGUUGCGCCUGGCAAUGGAGCCUUCCCCCAUCAACCUCCUGGUUUUUGGCAGGAAUUGCAAAGUGGUCUUUCCAAGGAGCUGGUAAGCAGAGGUUCUGACCACCAACCACAUGGCCUGGGAACUGCUGCCUGGGACCACUCUACCAGCUUCCAUCUGCCACACCCUCGGGACAGGCCUUCCCCUAUUACAUUACUUGCCAAUAGUUGCAAGCAAGAGCCAGCAUCCAUCCUGCCUCCUUCUUCCUCUACCUCUUCUUCCUCUUUCCGAGUAAUGGCCAAUGGAGCCACUGCCACCUCUAAACCCCUUCAGUCACUAGGAUGUGUUCCUCAGCCACCUUCCCCCAAUGAACAGGCACUACCUCCACAUUUGGAGCCAGCUUGGCCCCAGGGUCUAAGACAUAGCCCAGGCCCAGGUAGGGUUGCUCCAGCCGAGUACUACUUCCCAGAUAUGCAGCGCCAACGGAAGACCAAGCGCAAGACCAAAGAGCAGCUGGCCAUUCUGAAGUCCUUCUUUUUACAAUGCCAGUGGGCUCGGCGUGAAGAUUACUGUAAACUGGAACAAAUCACUGGCUUACCGAGGCCUGAGAUUAUUCAGUGGUUUGGGGACACUCGAUAUGCCCUAAAGCACGGACAGCUGAAGUGGUUCCGGGAUAAUGCAGUACCCGGUCCCCCCAGUUACCAGGAACCAGCUACCCCUACUCCACAACCCGUAGCCCGGCCUUUGCAGGAGUGGGCUGAGAUGCCACCUCCCCCCCUCCCUCCACCUCCCCCAGACACAAGUCCUCUGGAGCGGUACUGGACAGUUCACCAGCAAUUACGAGAAGAAGACCUCCCUCGACUGAGUCUAGAGUCAGGGCUGAGCACCCAGCAAGUGGUAGACUGGUUCUACUCUCGUUCACCUGAGCCUGCAGAAGUGGUAGUUUGUCUAGAUGAAGAGGAUGAAGAAGAGGAGGAAGAAGACCUUCCGGAAGAGGAUGGGGGUGAGGAAGAAGAGGAGGAGGAAGAAGAAGAGGAUGAAGUGAUCAUACAGGAUUGAGUGGGGAAUUUGGGAGGGGGGAUUUUAUUAGAAGAUGGACCAACUUAGUGACUGUUUAAACAAACAAAAAAACCCACAUUUUUCUUACCUUGUUGGCAAAGAACUGAAAGGCUCUGUGUUUGGUGGGGGAGAGGUGGGGACAUAGACACAAAGCAAAGGUCUUAGGGUGGGGGGUGGGGGCAGCAGAACAGAAAUAUGGUUCUUCUGUCCUUUUUUUUAAAUUCCUCUAUUGAAGAGUGGGGAACUUGACCCAACUACUUUGAGUUGCCAUGGGAACCCAGAUCUCCUCUCUCUGUCUCUGUCUCUCUCCUCUCUUUUUCUUUCCCUCUUCCCCAGCUUGUGUUACCCUAGCUUAGUGCAAUGACUGAAAUUAGGUCUCAAUUCUUGGAGACUAUAAUGACUCAUAUAAAAGAUAAUGGAGGAAAGUAAAAAGUUCUGAUUGAAGUUCAGCAGGAACUACAUGUGGGUCAGCACAUCUUGACAUUUUUACUACUUUUUCCUUAGUAUUAAGGUCAAUGCUGCCUUGAUCUCUUCCAUCUGAGUGCAUAUCCAAGGCACGAUGAUAGGGUACAACCUUGGCUUGUCUCUGAUAUUUUCUCAUUCUCUCCACUUUAACUCAAAUCUUAUAUUUGUACCUAACUAUCCAUACUAUCAGCAGCAGAAAUGCCCUACUUCUAAGAUUCUUUUUUUUUAAACUAACUUGAUAUAACCACUUUGUCUCAUAUCUCUCCUUCCUAGAUUAAGCCUUGUUUCCACAUCUGCACAUAUCAUGGCAAUUUUCCCAGUGAGCUCAAAGUACUGCAGCAAUGUAGUGGCUGAUCUAGAUGGAAUCUAUAGGUGGUAGAAAAUAGAGCAGAAAUUUAUCCCUGAGAGAAGCAAGUGGAUGCUGUUCAAUGGAAGAUGGUUCCAGGUUUGGUUUUACAAACCAGUCCUGUUAUAUUUAUAUCCCCACAAGUUAGAGAAGACUGGCUUUUCAUUUGUUUGGGAGAUUGAUUUUGUCACUAGAGGAAGAAUCUUUUUUUUCACCUUAAUUUAUGUUGAUUGUAUUACAAUUGAGGGACUAUGGCCUCUGCCUAAAUUAAUAUUUGGUUUAUAUGGAGUAAUUUUCAUCAGUUGGGGUAGGAUACAAAGAAAGCAUAUACGUCAUUGGAUUGUUUCCUUUUGAAGAGAAAGGAAAAGGAGGAGGACACCAAAUUGCUAGAAAUGUAAUAAAAAGGCAAAGAAAAAACUGUCUCUUUCUAUCCUCCACUUUGCCUUCCCUAUAGGCAAGAUUCCUGAUUUGAAGUUUUAAGGAGUAAGGUGAAAAAAUAUUUAACAUUUAUGAUUUAGUACAUUUUUAUUUAUUUUGGAGGGAGUGUGGGAGGCUGAUUGGGAUAAAGGGAAAAGAAAUUAGCUUCCUAAAGGAAGCAUAAACCAGCAUUCCUAGAAGAAAUUGAACAAACCCAAAGUAGUUCUCUCUGUCACCAAAUGGUUAUAUUUAAGAUUUUUUAAUCUUUCCAACAGGACACUGGAAAUGAAAGAGCACUGGCUUUUAAAAAAAUAUACCAGAUGUUGUAUAUAAGCUCUUUGCAACAAAAUGAGGCUUAUAAGAGGUAUUCAGGGAAUCCAUAAAAAAGAAUGGGAUCCUAGUUGUGUUAUAGUCACCAUAUCAAAUGGCUUGUUCUGAGGUUUGUUUAAAUGUUUUGUAUCCCAAAUCUGAAAAAUAUUCAGCCUUACAAUUGGAAAGGGUCUUUGGGACCAUAUAUCCUAACUUCUACCUGAAGCAUAAAUAUGACAUUCCAGACAAGAUGUCAUCCAACUUCUAUAUCAACACCUUGAUUGAUAGGGAGCAUACUACCUAAGGAGGCUACCUAUUCUGGGUGUGUCGGGGCAGAGGGUGUUUGACAACUCAGAGGUAGUUACAUUAAAAUGGAGUCUUGCCAUAUAACACUUUAAGCAUAACAGUAUAUAUUAUUUCAUCGCAGCCUCACAACUAUUUUUUGAAAUAAGUAAACUAUUAUACCCAAUAAAGAUGAAGAACUAGGUUCAGACAGAGGUUAGUGACUUGUUCAUUGACAAGAGUCUAGAGUGUUGGAGACAUUGAAUCUAGAAUUCUCCACACUCCUAAUAGGUAUGUAACCUUUCUAUCACAUGUUUCUUCCAUGGAAUUUCCUCCUUGCUUCCAAUGCUGACCUCUGGAGCCAAAGAAUAAACCUAUUGCGUCAUAUCCUCAAGACUAUGAACAUCUUAGUUUUCUAGUCCAUAUACCAAAUUACUGCGCAGCAAACUAGGUUUGGUUGUUUUAUGUAAUUAAGUAGUGCAUCUGAUAUCUCCCAUGUAUCCAUAAAGUUAAACUGAACUGAUUCUUUUUACCAUAAUAAUGCCUAGUUCAGUACAUUUAAUAGUUAUGUUUUAGACUAAAGAUCUAAGAUCCAGGAGUAUUCACCCCUCCAAAAAAAAAAACAAAAAAACUUGAAAAUCACUGAGGAAUACUGAUAGUGUACUAGGUUGGGGAGAUGUGGUUAUUGCUUGCAAUUCUGGUAUGCUAUUAAGUGGCCACCCUGAUACUAACAAUGUACUGCUUCCCAAUGGACUUUGCAGGGAUUCCCUGAACAACUAUAGAUAGGUAUGUUUGCAGUAAUAGUGUGGAUAAUGCAUAGUAGUUGCAGGCUCAAUUCUGCCCUGUAUUUUCUUCUGAGAUAGAUUGUUAUUCCUAAAAAACUACCCCUUCUCCGAGCAUGGUUUAUGAACUUUUCUAUAAUCUUAAGGCUGCAUUCAGUGUUUAAUGAUGAUGGAGUAGGGGCAGCUAGUUAAUGCAGUGGGUAGAGCACUGCCCUCAAGUCAGAAAGACCUGAGUUCAAAUCCAGUCUCAGACACCUGACACUAGUGUUAAACCGAAUCCCAAAAAGGGGGAAAUGAAAUAAUGAAGUGCCUUCCAGAUAGCCCACCCACUUAUCUUGAAUAACCUUUUCCUUCCCAUCAGAGCUUUAAAGCAAAUAGCUUCUGAAAUGGCUUACCAGUGGAAUAUGUUUCUUUAUAUACUCUACAAUCCCUGAGUUUUUAACCAUGCUUAGGGAGAUGAUGAACCUUGAGGAUUCUCUGCUUUAAAUUGCAUGGCUCAUACAGGGAAUAUUAAUGACAGAAAAAAAUCUUUUUUUUUGUCUGAGUCAAUAAAUUGGGAACAUAAGUGCCUCUAGUCUUCUAUUUUUAUAGAAAAAAAACAGGAGAAGUGAAAAUCAUUUAAUAGUAGGCAUAAAGAAGGUUACAGGUAUGUGGAUAAAACAUUGUAAGGACAGGACAAGAUAGAGAAAGGAAGAAUUGAAUCUAUUGCUGAGGGCUUGCUCCUGGCCAUGAGAAAUGAUACCCUGAAAUAAAUGAAACAAGAAUAAGA